AUGGUGAAAGAGUUCCCUGAUUUCUUCAAAGUCUUCCUCACAAAGAAAGAUUAUGAGAGAAUGCUUAUACCAAAUGCUUUUGUGAACUUGCUGCAUUUGAAGAAGAUGGUAAGGCCGGACUUUGUCCUAAGAAAUCAUAGUGGUAGAGAUUGGCAUGUUAAACUGCUUAGUAUCGGUCACGAGGUUUAUUUUGAUGAUGGCUGGAAAAGGUUCAAAGAAGAAAAUUCUUUAGAGGAUAAUGACUACAUUGUUUUCACGCAUAUUGAAAACAAUGUAUUCAAGUUCAAAAUCCUCGAACUAUCAUCGAUGUGUGAAAAGGAGAAGAAAAAUGAUGAGAAGGAAAAGAAUACUAUGGUGAAUGGUGAGAGUGAGAAUGAACAUCAACAUUGCAGAGCCUGCAAUCCUUGUAAGUUUUCAUAUGUUACUGAAAUAAAAAGAACUUUUUGUUUGUUUUGCAUGAGUGAAAAUUUACUUGUUGAUCUAUUUGUUUUAGGGUGCAUUGGAAGCCGUUCUGAAGCUUCAGAACUCGAAGACGUGGAAAUCGAUGAGGAAAUGUAUGUUCAGCAGGGAAAUCCAUACUUUUUAACAAAAUAUAUUUAUUACCGACGAAAUGAAUUGUAUAUUCCGAAAAAUGUGAUUAAGGAUCUAUGCCUUUGCUUCACAAAGUAUAUCACUCUUGUAUGUUGUCACUGUAAGGAUGUUGAGACAAAUGAAAUAGCUGCAUAUCAUCACAUCUUGCCACAAACAAACGCGAAACAUAUCGAAAAGAGAGGCAGAAUACGGACGUGGAGAGAUGGGCGAGUGUUUGUGCAAGGGUGGGAAGAUUUUUGUAGAAAGAGCAAGAUUACAGAAAAGGAUAUAUGCUUAUGUGAACUUGUGCUGCACGAAGACGGAACAGUCGAAAUGUUAAGGGUGCAUGUUGUUAAUGUUAGGAAGGAAUGA